AUGAAAAAGAAAAAGUAUGUUUAUCUCGAAUUCAGCAUCAACCGUAUUACGCUUGGGAAAGUUUAUUUUGAAUUAUUUAAUGAUGAGGAAAUAAAAAAAUCUGUUGAUAAUUUUUUAAGUCUAUGUAAAGGCCAAGAUUAUCACAGUAUAUAUUCGAAUGAUAUUUUAAGUUAUAAAUAUUGCAAGAUCGAGAGAAUAAAAAAAGGGAAAUGUAUAAAGAGUGGAUAUUUAAGAAAUAAAAUAAAUAUAAACGAUGAUAAAACGUAUUAUCUUAAUAAUAAUAAUGGUGGUGAUGAUGAUGGUGACUAUAAUUCUAUAGAUAAUAUAUAUAAUUCAUUAAAAAAUAAAAUGAAAAAUUCCAAAAAAAAUAAAUAUGAAAAAGUAGAAUGUAUAUAUGGGAAUUAUUAUAAUAAAGAAUAUAGUAAAAGAAAACAUACAUGUGCUGGUUUAUUAACCAUCGUGCAAGUAGAAGAUAAAAAAUAUUCGUCUAUAUUUAAAAUAACUUUAAAUAAAACACAUACAUAUAAUAAUAAAAAUAUUAUCAUAGGACAAGUUAUUAAAAAUAUGCAUAUAUUAAGAGCUAUAGAAAUGUUACCAACAUGUAAUAAUGGAAACCCAAAAGUUCUAUUAUAUAUUUCCGACUGCAACGAGGUAAAUGAAGCAUUUUUUAAAAAAGAAAAAAUAUCCUCAAGACAAAUGUAUAUUAAUAACAUGUUUAAGAUGGCAGCCCAACAAUCUGUACAAAAUGGUUUAUCAAAAGAUAAUAAUAAUAAUAAUAAUAAUAAUAAUGAUAAUAUUAUUAAUAAUGAUGAUGAUAAUAUUAUUAAUAAUAAUGAUUUACUAUAUGAACAACAAACAUAUAAUCAUUCUUAUGAUAACUACACUAUAGGAAACCAAUCUCAUGACAAAUUUAAGAAUGAACAUAUUAAUGAGAAACAAAGAGGAAUUAUAUUGUUAAAUAAAAUAUUUCAACAAAUAGAUGAUCAUGUUAAAAAUAAACACAAAAUUGUAGAUUAUGAUAAUAAAAACAAAAUUACGGAUCAUGAAAAUAAUUUAAAGGAAAAAAACGAAAAACAUAAUACUCUUCAUGAGGGGAAUGUAAAGAAUGAUUAUUUUCAUACAAAACAAACGAAUCGUCAAAAGUAUAACUAUUUUAAAGAAAAUGAUGAAAAAGAUAAUCAAAAUGAAAAACAGUUAUCUUGUCGUAUGUCCGAAAAGUAUCACCUAACAUCGUCAUUUGAUAAUCAUGAAAAGAAUCUUAAAAAACACAUGACGGAAAGGGAAAGGAAGUUACUAGAAAUACAAAUGAAAAUUAACCAAUCCAAAAUAUGUAAUCACAUGGAAGUUAAAAAAGAAAAAAUGUAUGAGGACAGACCAGGUCUAAUAAACACUCAUCGUUUUGAUGAGUACACCAAAUAUAAAUAUGACAAAAAUGUUAGUAUAACGGAUGUACAUUCGAAAGGAAAAAAAAAUAAAGAGACUCAGGAAGGUAUAGGGUCUUUACGAGGUGAACAGAAGGAGGAUAUUAUAAAUACGGCAAAUGGUAGUACAAAUAAUAAUACAUAUGUUAAUGAUGAUGAUGAUCAUAAUAAUAAUAAUAAUAAUAGACGAGAUAAACUCUAUAAUACUAGCGCAUUUCACGUUAAAAAAAUAAUGCAUAAAAAAAAUAAGAAAAAAGACGAUACAUACGAACUAGAAAAUGAUACGAAUUUAUACAAAAAAAUAAAAUUUAAUUUCUCAAUAAACAGAAAAAUAUAUGAUGAGAAAAAAAAAAUACAUGGCUCAAAUUUCUAUAAUAUAAAUUUAUUAAAUCAUGAAAAUACAAAAGCUAAUGAAUAUGAUAAAAAUAAAGUUGUUGAAUUUUGUAAAAAACAAGAAGAGUUAAGAAGUAAAAUGAGUAGGAAAAGAAAAGAAAAAGAAGGAAUCUUCAAAAAUUAUAUUAAUCAAAGAAAUAAAAUAUAUAAUAAAAAGUUGGAUCGAUAUUUUAAUAAACAUACACUUGAAAUUAGAAACAAACUUGAAAACCCAUCAUAA